AAGAAUGAGUCACCUGACCCGACGCCGACACCCACACCGACCCCGACCCUCACACCGACCCCCACCGCGGCCACGGCGCCGACGCCCAGGGCUCGACGAAGACGAGAAGCAUGCUAGCCGCUGAGGCUCCCGUCCCCGCGUGUCGUCCAGGAUGUCUGUGAGCGAGAAGACGAGCGUGGCGUUCGCCUACGAGUCGUCGGUGCACAGCACCAACGUGCUGCUGAGCCUCAACGACCAGCGGCAGCGCGACCUGCUCUGCGACGUCACCGUGCUGGUGGAGGACCGGCGGUUCCGGGCUCACCGGGCCGUGCUGGCCGCCUGCAGCAACUACUUCCUGGCGCGCGUGGUCGGCCAGGCCGAGCAGCAGGCGGAGCUGACCAUCGCUCUCCCGGAAGAGGUGACGGUCAAAGGAUUUAAGCCGCUGAUUCAGUUCGCCUACACGGCCAAGCUCACUCUGAACCGAGACAACGUGGACGAGGUCUGCAAGUGCGUGCGGUUCUUGGGAGUGCACAACAUCGAGGAAUCGUGCUUUCAGUUCCUCAGGCUCAAGUUUCUGGACUCGCCCGCCGACCCCCCGGAAUGCCCCAGGCCCGAGUGCCUCACGCCUCACUGCCCGCGCCGGGCCGGCCUCGACCUCGCCCUGUCGCGGCCCGGGGCCGCCGAGUCCGAUGACGACGUGGAGGACUUCCUGGAGAAGGAGCGGGAGCAGGCGGCGGAGGCGGGGGACCCCAGGCCCGGGGGGAGCGGCGGGGGCCCGGGCCCGGGCCCGGCCGGGGGCCGCCCGGCGGGCGAAGCCCCGGGCGAGGAGGACGAUGGGGCCCCGGGCCCGCCGUCUCUCUGCCCCAAGUACAGAAAGUUCCAGAAGGCUUUCGGGACAGACCGGGCGCGGACGGCGGAGCCGGGCCCCGGGGAGGCUCGGGCCCCGGCCGCCGCCACGGCCCCUCCCGGGCCCGCUCAGCCCGCCCGGGGGCCCGAGACCCCGGCCCCGGGCCCCGCCGACCUCCCGCCGGCGGCGAGAUGCGAAGGGCCCCCUUCGGGCCCGGGAGGCGGGGAGGCGGCCGAGGCGGAGGGCGGCGCGGCGCGCCGCCCGGAGGAGCUCCCCUCGGGGUCGCCGUUCCCCCCGUCCGCCGCCCUGGAUCCCCACGGCCUCUACUCCCUCUCCCUGUUGCCCGCCUACGACCAGUACGGGGACCUGGCCUUCGCGGGGGCGGGCGGCGCGGACCCCGGGCGGGAGCGGGCCGCCGCCGAAGGGCCCGGGGAGGCCGGCGGGCGCAGCAGCGUGGAGCGGGAGGUGGCCGAGCACUUGGCCAAGGGCUUCUGGUCCGACGUCUGCGGGCCGGACGCCGCCCGCCCCGUCCGCCUGUCGCCGGCGGCCGGGGACGGGGCCGACCAGCCGCCCGCCCCGGCCCAGAGGAGGUCCGAGUGCCCCUGGCUGGGCAUCCGCAUCAGCGAGAGCCCCGAGCCCGGCCCCCGCACCUUCGCCACCCUCAGCGCCGUCAGCUGCCCCUUCAUGAGCCACCUGGGCGCCGAGGGCUGCUCGGACGGCCCGGACGGCGGCGGCGGCGACGGGGCGGCCGAAGGGGCCCGGCGGGCGGAGGAGGGGGCGGAGGCGGCCGUGGCCUGCCAGUACGCCUGCGAGAUCGGCCUGGGGGACGAGUCGGAAACGGACACCGAGGGAGACAGCGAGUCCUGCUCGGCGCGGGAGCAGGAGUGCGAGGUCAAACUGCCGUUCAACGCCCAAAGGAUCAUUUCCCUUUCCCGCAACGACUUCCAGUCCUUGUUGAAGAUGCACAGGCUGACUCCGGAACAGCUGGACUGCAUCCACGAUAUCCGGAGACGGAGCAAAAACCGCAUCGCGGCCCAGCGCUGUCGCAAGAGAAAGCUGGACUGCAUACAGAAUCUCGAGUCGGAGAUCGAGAAGCUGCAAAGCGAGAAGGAGAGCCUGCUGAGGGAACGCGAUCACAUCCUGUCCACCCUGGGCGAGACCAAGCAGAACCUGACGGGGCUCUGCCAGCAGGUGUGCAAGGAGGCCGCCCUCAGCCGCGAGCAGAUCCAGAUCCUGGCCAAGUACUCCGCCUCCGACUGCCCCCUCUCCUUCUUCGUCUCCGACAGGGGAGGCGGCGGUCCCGACGGCCAGCCCGCGCCCCCGGCCGCCGCGGAGCCCGGCCGCGACGGGGGCCCGGCCCCGCCGAGGGACGCGGAGCCGGCGGGGCCGCCGGCCGAACGGUGCUGCCAGGGCGGGGGCAUCACGGAUUUCUGCCAGCAGAUGACGGAGAAGUGCACUACGGACGAGUAGCCCCGCGGCUCCUCCCUCCUCCCCCCGCCCCCCCCGCCCUCCU